AUGUGGCUCUUGAAUGCUAGAACAGUCACUUUAGAAGACUUCUUCGAAAGUCAAGCCCCUUCGUACGCCAUCCUCUCCCACACAUGGGGAGCAGAGGAGGUCAGUUUCCAAGACAUUCAAGAACGUCAGGAAGUCUGUAAAAAGAAGAAAGGAUAUCAGAAGAUUAUUCAUACCUGCCGUCAAGCUCUAAAGGAUGGACUUGAAUAUGCAUGGGUUGACACCUGCUGUAUCGACAAGAGCAGCAGCUCGGAACUCUCCGAGGCCAUCAACUCCAUGUUCCGUUGGUACGGCAAGGCUGCUGUUUGUUAUGCCUUUCUGGCCGAUGUACUGCCCGGUUGUGAUCCGCGUGAUACUCAAGGCCCCUUCGCGACAAGUCGCUGGUUUACAAGAGGGUGGACGCUGCAGGAGCUGUUAGCCCCGGAGAAUAUAGUCUUCUACGCAUCCGACUGGUCACAGAUUGCAAGUAAGACUGAAUUGCGCAAGGAGCUGAAUUUAAUCACUGGGGUUGAUGUGAGAUAUCUCUCAAGCGGGAGAGCGAGACAUGUCACCAUUGAUAGUCCAUCCAGAUUCGGUAAGCCGCCUGGCUCUGUCAGUGACAGUACAAGGCGAAAGCUGCACCAAGCAAGUGUCGCCGAGAGAAUGAGUUGGGCUUCAUCUCGCCAAACCACCCGCACAGAGGAUUUGGCUUAUUGCCUUCUGGGGAUCUUCGGAAUAAGCAUGCCCUUGAUAUAUGGAGAGGGCGAAAGGGCCUUCGUGAGACUUCAGGAAGAGAUUAUCAAAUCCUCCAACGAUCAGUCCAUUCUUGCUUGGGGUUAUUUGGAACCCUGGAAAAGUCGUGAAGACAACCAGUCGGAGUUAUAUGCUCAGGUGCGAGUCAAUGAAAAACGAAUGGGAGUCUUGGCUCACUCGCCAGCGGCCUUUAGGGGCUGUGGGUCUAUUAUCCCCUCUUUAGUCGACAAAGGUAAUAGCCUUCCCCUUUCCGUGACGAAUAAAGGAUUGCAUAUCUGUCUCCCAGUGUCCGACGGCGAGUUCCCUGUCGCACUGUUGAGAUGUCGACCUGUGGAUAACCCUACUAUUGUGUUGGCUGUUAACGUCAAACACGUUCAAGGGAAUAUAUAUAGUAGAGCGGAUGAUAUGAUUGAGUGGGUGGACCAUAGAACCUGGUCUAGGUGGCCAAGAAAGGAAAUUUAUCUUUCCUUAGACGAACACCUGGAAGAAGAGUUACAUGAGAGUGAAUUUUCCUACCCCGGCAGCAGCAUUUUCAUACGCCAUGUUCCGGACACCUUUUCCGUACAGGAACUAUCGCCCUACACGCGAGAUAUGGCCACGAGCAUAUUCCCACCGAACUACAAGACGAUUUCUCCAGGACUAUCGCCUUGCACGGGAAACAUAGCGUUACUUUUCACGUCCAAGCAAGAUAGUCGCAAGGUUGCACUAUAUUUCAGUCUCACCAAGCUACCUCGUGUGGGCGCUUCCCCCUUGAUGAUGAGAAAAGAAACGUUCUUGAUGAGCGUGCCUUGCCAUAUCACAAAUAACGAAGCCCGUGAUUAUUUAUAUCAUCGAUCUACAUGGAAGAAUGCCUCAAACUACAUCUGGUGCGGUGCGGAUGCUCUUUACUGUAGUGUCACGCUUCAAAGGGUUGCCCGAGUUCCGCUCUGCAGACCUUAUGUUCAGACUGGUAUUUAUCCUGCUAGUGAUUCCUUACAAUUUUGUGAUGAAACCAGAGAUUCUAUGGCUGAGGACUCCAGCGAGUCAAUUGCAUGCGAUAGCUCUCUCGUGCAUGGCGUGCACGCUACAUUCUAA